AUGGAGAGCCCCGUAGAGAAAAACGAGCAUUUACGACACCUCCUCCUCUUUGCUUUCAACCAAGGCGCCAAGGCUACCAAAGCCGCUCGAGACAUCUGUGCCGUGUAUGGAGAGGGCACCAUUACUGAAAGAACUGCACAGAAAUGGUUUGCGCGCUUCAAGGAAGGCAAAUUUGAUCUCUCAGACUCUCCACGCUCUGGCCGACCCGUUCAGUUCGAUGAAGAACGAUUGCACCAACUCAUCCAUGAAGAUCCACGCCAAUCCACGAGGCAGUUGGCCCAGCAAAUGGGAUGCUCACACGACAGCAUUGCUCGCCAUCUUCACUCGAUGGUUAAGAUCCCAAAAAUAGAAAAAUAG